AUGAUAGAUUUAUUUUCCAGACUGUCUUGUUUUCCUUUGUUUUCUUUUUCUCAUAAACAAGAACAGCAAAUAUUCGUAUCUAUCACUAUCCAACAAGCAAUUUAUAACACGAAUGACGGUUGGCACGGUUGGCACGAAUGGCACGGUUGGGACAACCCAACAAAGCCAAAAAGUGCCACGAAUGGCACGGUUGGUAAAGGGUGACAGGGCUCCACCGGUUGGCGCCCCUAGUGUUCCUUGGAUAAGUGGCGGAUCAGCAUGCGGCCCCAUCCUCAAAGAGUCCAGCCGAUCCACGGCGCAGCGGAUGCAUGCGUGAGGGCGGGGACGCAGGCAAGCCGUGGCUUAGCUGGCGGAUCGGGUGUGUGGCGGUGGCGGUGGCGGAGCAAAAGCAAGGCGCCCGAAGGGCGCCCGGGUUGCGGAGGUUACUGAAGCGCAACGCCGUGGAGGGUGUGGGAGGUUGAUCGCAGGGCGCCCGAAGGGCGCCCCGCCGGGCGCGCCCCGCGCGCCUGUUGGGUUCCAAAAGGUAUGCGUGCAGCAUUCGGAAGAAGCGGCAACGCCGUGGGGGGAGCAACGCAGGAAAACGCAGGGCGCCUGAAGGGCGCCCCGCUCUCGGAGGUCUGAUAGGUCCACGAAUGGCACGGAUGGCGGAACAGAUUGAAGUUCCGGACUGGAUGCCUGCCAUUCGUUCCAACCGUUCCAUUCGUGCCAUGCCAACCGAGACUCUAAAUCUAUUUUUACAACAUGAGAGAGACUACAACAAUAUUGGCGUUCUAUCCUAGGUCGAUCCACAACCAUAUAAGUAGGUGGAUUGCACAUUUUUACAGAACAGAGUCACACUACCCUGCAGCUGAAGAUCUUUAAUGGUUUUCUUCCUAAUAGAUCUUUCAUAGUAUUAAUAGAACAAGCAAAUAUGUGCUGGACCAAAGUUGUCGCCUUCUUUCAAGAAAAUCGAUAAGAAACUACGUUCCGUGUUAGAGUUAGUUUUGUUGCUUCUUCACUCAGUGCGAAGAAAGCGGAAUUUCGACGAUGUCCGAGGGCUGCCAUGACAAGUUUACCAACACUUUUCAGCCCAAGGCAAAAGAUUUUCCGGGUAGCAACACUAUCUCUGCACGCAAUUCAAGAAGUAACUUGUUGGUUCAUCGUUAUUGUUUGACAUAGCCGGUUGAGCGAGAGGUGGAGUCUUCGUCAUCAUCUUCAUGAUUUUAUUUCAGUUAUUUUUCAUCAAUCUGACAGCAAGUUAGUAAGACGGUCUACACAAUUGCGUUCGUUUUACCAGCACAAGUAUAAAAAAGUAGUGUUAAUAGCUUUCUAGUAGAAAGUGAAUACAAGAAAAGAAGCCGCCAUCAAAAAAUGAUGAAGGCCUUCUUUUUUCGUAGCGCUGUUGAUUGCGGAUACACGAGUGACCUCGUAGAUCCGUGUUGACAUCCAUGCAUGCUAUUGGUAUCUGUAGGUUUUUUUUUUAGAUUAUUGACUGGUCUCUCUAUUUAGAUUAUUGACUGGUCUACCAGUACCGCGACUGCCGGGUCGUUUGAAAUACGCCAUCUGUAGACUUAUGCGAACUAAUAACAACAGGGUAAGAACCACCGUAGUGGGUUCUUCUCUGCAAAACAAGGCGUAUCUGUGAUUAAAAGUAGACUGAUGUACUAGCAGUGUAUAUCUGGAGUGAUUGAGAUUGUCGAACAAGUUGUUCCGAUAAAAAGUAUUCACAAAAGUUUUGUGACAAAACAAUAACAACAUGCAAACAGAAGAUUUGAUUAAAAGAUUUCUAUACAGAUUUAUAUUGCAUGUACUACUACUUACAACUAAAAAAGAAUAAAAAUAUAAUUGAUUUAUUUCUCUUCCUUGUAUUUUUUUUUGGUAGUUCCAAGAUCAUGCCAUUGCAAAUUGCAGCUUCGUCAACUUCAUCUAGUAUCAAAAGUGAAAAAAGUUUGGAAGAAACCUGCUCUGAGUGUAAGCUGUACUCACCACUAGUAUAAACUACAUGCCACUAAAGAAUCAUAUGGAAGAAAAAUGUGGUCUCGCAAAAACAUUUUUCCAAAGGAUGGCCCCCUGAUUUUCCUUCAAGACUCAAGACUUUCAUAGUUUCGUCGAUAGAUUUUUAUUGAUGUAGCUAGUGCUUUGUACUGAUACUGAUGAGAAAGAUAUUAAUAGCCCGACCGGCGAAUUCACUAUUUGCGUUCGUCUUCGUUCCUAGCGGCAUUCGUAUUAUUUUCUCUUUUGGCUCACAUUGAUUUGAUAAUUAAUAGGACACAGAAGUUUACAUCUUCUAUUCUUGAUUAAGAUCAUAGACAAGAAUCCACAAUAACAAAUUACUUUCUUUGCUUGGUAGUCCAAAAAAUGUUAAUUAAUAUCAGCGUUCAACAGUAGUUAUCAGGCGUAGAAUCCAAUCGCGUAUCAAUAUUUUUCUAAGCAAGGAUGAUCUACUAUUUCUGGCUAAUAAAUAUGAUGUAAAUUGUUAUAAGAUAUAUUCUAAGUAUAAGGUGAUGUGACAUCAUAUCUUCAUGGAUGUUUUAGUUUAUUGUCGUACAGAUGAGCAAAUGCGCAGAUGAAGAGGAGCAGCAUGUCCAGGACAUCAUCAAAGAUGCAUGAUAUUCAGCUUAAUAGAGAACAUCCGCCAUCAACGAGUAGACCAUCACCGACUAUUUAAUAUCAGGAUGAGAAUCCGACAAGAACUAAAGUAGCACCAGCAUGGACAACUAAGGGUCCUCGUCCAAAAGUGAGCAAAAUUGUUGUCUUCUCCAAAUGGGAGUACAAGUACAG